CAAUUUGAAACUGAACCGAACCCGAUAAAACCGAACCGUAAACUGAUUUGCCCAACCCUAAACCACAAGAUAAUCCAUUAAUCCUGUACUCACCAUAAGAUAAGAAGUAGAUAAGGCUUAACCACUCACAGUCGUCAGAUGGAUUCACUUUUUGAAUCCAACGGCUUUCGUUCUUCUACAUGGACCACAACCUCUAAAAGAUAAGCUGACAAAAUCAUAGUAAACCAUUCCAAGAGCUAAAAUUUUUCAAUCACAGAACCGUUUGCCAUGGCCACCGCCGCCGCUACGUCUUCAAUUCUCGGAACCCGCCUCCCAGAUAUCUACUCCGGAGCAGCUCGAGUUCAGGCCCGAUUCGGAUUCGGACUUGGUCGCAAGAAAUCUCCUCCCAAGAAGGCAGCACCAAAGCCGGGCUCGAAUAGGCCCUUAUGGUACCCCGGAGCAAAGGCGCCGGAAUAUCUCGACGGCACCCUUGUCGGUGACUAUGGGUUCGACCCGUUCGGGCUCGGGAAGCCCGCUGAGUACUUGCAAUUCGAGCUGGACUCGUUGGACCAGAACUUGGCUAAGAACCUCGCCGGAGAAGUCAUCGGAACAAGGACGGAGUUCACGGACCCGAAAUCGACUCCGUUGCAGCCUUACAGCGAAGUCUUCGGGUUGCAGAGGUUCAGGGAGUGUGAGCUGAUCCACGGAAGGUGGGCCAUGCUGGGUACUCUCGGCGCGUUGACUGUGGAGUGGCUCACCGGAGUUACAUGGCAAGACGCCGGAAAGGUUGAGCUUAUCGAGGGAUCUUCAUAUCUUGGGCAACCACUUCCAUUCUCGAUGACCGCAUUGAUUUGGAUCGAGGUUAUCGCCAUCGGGUUCGUUGAGUUUCAGAGAAAUGCAGAGCUUGACCCGGAGGCGAGGCUGUACCCGGGUGGAAAAUUCUUUGACCCGUUGGGCCUGGCUGCUGACCCGGAGAAGAAGUCCAAGCUCCAGCUUGCAGAGAUCAAGCAUGCCAGGCUUGCAAUGGUGGCCUUCUUGGGCUUUGCUGUUCAAGCUGCUGCCACAGGUAAAGGCCCACUCAACAACUGGGCUACCCACUUGAGUGACCCGCUCCACACCACUAUUUUUGACACCUUUGGGUUCUUUUCUUAAGCUCCUUCUUCCACUUCUAAUAUUGUAUUAUCCACUUAAUUAUGGUUAUUUAUUGUUGAGAAUAUUUAUAAUGCCUACAUGAAUGUACCUCUAUUUGGUGUCAUCGUUGUAAAAUGCUGUCCAAAGUCAGAGUUAACGUAUGCCUAUCAGAGAUAGGCUGGUUCUGAAUAAUAAUAAGAACCUAAAAGCACAUAUCCAUAUCCAUUCGGGAUAACGGGAUGGCUCUUGUGAGAUACAUGAGUCCUGCUUGGUGUGCACUUGCCGUGUUCACUCCUCCAUGUACACAUAAUUUGUCCAGAAAAUGAAUAAAUUGUUUGUG